AUGACGGGCAAUGGCUUGCGCACUCAAUAUCCCUACGGCAAUGACGUCGCCCUCAGCCCGCGUCUGCCAUACGACUUCCCUUCGCCCUCAUCCAACUACCCAUCCGGUGUGAACGCCCCUUCGCCGAGCUUCUUCCCCAUGGCUUACCAGAUCUCGCCACGCUUUGGCGCAAGCGCCUUCCUCCCUCCCGCCGACGUAUUCGCAGACGGCCGCCGGCAGACGGUGCGCAGCAACGGCGAAUACACUCCCCGCGACUCGCGGAAGCGCAGUUCAGAUGCCCUCCUCACCGACCCCGUGGCCAUGCACCUGUUGCUCGAGACGGCCAUGGGCGACAGCCAGCACUUUGACAUUCUGACCGUCGAGGAGGUGGACACGCUGAAGCAGGAGCAGAGGACUCUCGACGCGCGCCUGACUACGGUGAGAAAGAAGCUCGAGGCCGAGACAAAGAUACGCGAUGCGACGCGCUCGCUGCAUCGCCUUGCUGGAGCGGGACACAGGCGCGCGGCGAGCAACAAGAGCGCCAGCUCGGUGCCCGAAGAGGACGCCAAGGCGCAUCAAGACAUGGACGCCAGCAACAAAAAGGUCGAGGAGUAUAUUCGCGACCUUUUGCAGAUCGAGUCCCGCAUGCGCAUGAUCGACAUGCAAUUACUCAUGCACACCGCUGCCGUCCUGCAGCUUACACACAAAAGCCCACGAAAGGUCCAUGGUGACGGGGAUCUGGAGGAUCGGUUUGGACGGCCAGAUAGCCCCGCGAGCCUGAAUGGCUACGACAUGGGCCGCCCCAAUGGAGCGCGAGGCGUGGGUGAAUUCGACGAGAGGAGCUACUACAGGUCGCCCGAAAAUCUGGAUACCCUCAUGACUGUGUUGCAAAACGGAACCCACCACCGGUCUGAUAGCGAUGCCCGUCCGAGCCAAGCGCUGGCCACAGCUGCGAAGCGUUUGCAGGAAAUGAAUGAGAAGCUGAGAGCGCUCAUCAUACAAGCCAAUCCGGAAAGAGACGGCGAGUACGCGUUGCCACCUCUGGCGCUAGAGGGAACACCAGAUGCUGCCACUUUGGAAAGCCAGCUGGACUUUCUCGAUCAGGGACUGCGCAAUAUCAGUGCUGAACAGGCGAACAUGUCGAGCAAGUCCAAACACUCCUUGGCCGAAGUGGAAGGCCGUCUCGAAGGCAUCAACCACCAGCUCUAUGCUGUCUUGAGCCGAUGCAGAACCCAAGACGCCGACAAGAUCCAGCCUCCACCUGCCAUCACCGGUGGCGGCUCGAGCGAGCAGCUGAAUUACAUGGAAGACACGAUUUACAAUCUGGAGCAGAUGCAACACGCCAUGAAUGGCGAGAUUGAGGAAUUGAAAAACGCGACUGGUGGUGCUGAAGACCCGGAAAUGGCUGAAAAGGCUGAAAAGUACGAGUCGACAUUGACAGGCUUGUGGAAUACCAUCUUGACUGGCGAGGAGGAAGCGCGCGAAAGGAAGCGCGAACGUCGGCGUCUGCUUGCGGAAGAUUCUGAUGCUGAAGAGCAACUGUCACCCGACGAAGAUUACGAACCCAACGAGCCCUUCUCCCUGCCUGCCUUCUCAGCAAAGGUGCAAUGGUUGUUCCGCCGGGCUACGACUCUCAAGGACAAGCAGUCGGUACUCAUGCGCCAGAUCAAGCAACAACGCGAGCUAAACAGCAAGUCCGAUGCACAGAGGGAGGCCGAGUUUGAGCGUCUCAACACGCAGGUGCUGAGUGCAAGAUCAGAGAAGAAGACGAUGGAGAAUGAGUUGGAGCGUGCGAUGAGCCAGUUGCAACAAUUCGACGAGACAAAGGUGGAAGCCGAUGCCAGAGCUCUGCAGGCAACGCAAGAACGCAAUGCUGGGCUCGAAGCACAGCUUAUCAAUAUGCGAGAACGUCUUGCGACUUUUGAAGCCGAGCUCAAGGAGUCGAGGGAUCGAGCUGUUGCAUAUGAAGCCCAACUCAAGGACGUGCAAGAGCGUGCUGUUGCGCUACAGAAGCAAGCAGAGGCUGCAGAACAACGCGCCGCUACGUAUGAGCAAGCGCUCGAGGAUUACCAGGAGCGCAGUUCGACACUCAACCUGCAGUCUCGCGAGGUUGAAGAACGCAGCGCCGCCUACGAAGCCCAGGUGCGCGACGCCCAAGAACGCGCCAUCCUGCUCGAGCAAAGGCUGCGAGAAGUCCAAGACGAGGCCCACACGUUGGAAAACAAGCUCCACGAAGCCGAAGACGACGCCCGCGUCGAAGCUGCUGCCAUACAAGCCGAGCUCGCCGAGUCCUCUGAGCGCAUCGCCCAACUCACCGCCCAGCUACAAGCCAUGACGGCAGCCAAAGAAGCGUCCGAAGCCCGCUCCCUGGACGCAACCAACAGCCUCAACGCCAAGGAAGAAGAGUUCCGCGCCCUCGAAGGCGAAAUCGUCCGUCUAACCACGGAACUCACCUUUGCCAAGGCAGAACUCGACGGCGCCUACGGCACCCGAGCCCAACGCGCCGCCGCCUCAGCCGCCGACCCAGCCAUCAAACGCGAACUCGUCGAGCUCACAGAAAAGAACCAAGCCCUCCUCGACGAACUGGAAGCCCUACGCAAAGUCCACGACGCAGCCUCGCAAUCCGAAGCCGAGGCCCGCCAGUCCGAACGCACGCUCAAGGCCGAACUCAGCGGCAUGGCGGCCGAGUACGAGGCCCUGAUGCGGGACGCGAUUCAGAAUGAAAAGGACCGCGAGAUGCUCGAGGCUUUGAUUGACAGGCUUCGGGAUGAAAAGGAGGGGCUUGAGCGCGAGCUUAGCGAUGAGAAGGUCAAGAUGUUGGGGGUCAGGAGUCCCGGGGCUGUGGGGAUGCAGGGGGCUGGGGCUGGUGGACAGCUGGAUUUGGGGGCGACUAGUAUCCGCAUGUUGCGUGAGGAUUUUAGGAAGAUGAUGCGGGAUCGGACGGCCGAGGGGUUGCGUGCUUUGAGGGCUGAACAGGAAGAACGCCGCAAACUCGAGGCCCUAGUCCGCCAACUCCGCAAGGAAUCUUAUUAG